CUCGGACGACGGACCAAAAAAGGAAGUCGUGAGGUUGUUAGAGAAAUGAAGAUUACCGUGAUCGUCUUGUGUGUCGUGGUAGCGUUGUUUGGGGUCGCAAGUGCCGUCCUGGGGUUCAUCGCCGAGGGCACCAAGCUCACGCGGAAUGACAUUGAGGUGUACAGCAACGAGUGCGUGUACCCUGACAACCCGGCAUACGCACUGGCGCUGCUGGCGGCCCUCCUGCUGCUGUUGGCCCAGAUCACCGCCUCGACCGUCGGCGGUUGCUGCGGCCGCUGCAAGCCCCGGGGCGCCGGCUUCUCCGGGUCCAAGCCCGUUGCCAAGUCCAAGCGGGCCACUGGCGCCGCCCUCUGCGUCCUCUCAUGGAUAAUGGCGUUGAUCGCGGAGCGGUUCUUCUUGGUAGGUGCGGCGAUGAACAUCCCCAUGACGCGCGAAACUAGCCAGGGCCGGGGGUGUCACGCCGUCAAUGACGGCGUCUUCAUGAUGGGGGCUAUUCUGAGCAUCGUCGCCACCGUGUUCGGGAUCAUAUCUUAUAUCAUGCUUUACGCGGCGGCGGCUGGUGCUAAUACUACCAUGGGGGCCGUGGCGGGGCCGUCGUCGGCAGGCGAGAUCAGGCUUGACGGGAUCGCGAUCGGCCACCCUGUUGCCGCUCAACAACACGCGCAAGCUGUGUAGAGGGCGUACUCUUGCUUCUACCAUCCAGACUGAUGGUGAAGAAUUGCAAGCCACGUUACAUGGGGCGAUGCCCAAGUGAUACCAAUUUUUCUUACCGUUAUUUCAGUGUGAUUUUUAAACUUCGGCCGACUGCAUACAGUCAAUGGAAGAAGACGGUCAGCAUGAUUUUU